AUACUGAAUUUGAUUCUAAUGACUUCUCACCUUUACUUACCACUGAAGUCCCUAUGAUUACUGAUUUUAAGUUAACUAAUACCCAAAGUAAUCUGAGUUCUCACCACGAUAAAACUAAAUGUUAUGAUAUGGGUAAAAUGGAUCAGACCUGUCAACAUUAUAAAGCUAAAUUUUGGAUGAUUGAAAAAAAUCAAAAUAGUGAAUAUGCUGCUCCGAAAUUUCUUCUUUGUUGCGCUAGUAGCAAAGUACAAUUACCGCCUUUACUUGAACCCCCACUCUACCUACUGAAUCUUUAUAUUUUAACUAAUUCUGAUGCAAUCAACUUUUGUAAACACAUUAGAGCUUAUAACAGUGCUUUGGCUUGCAUAUUUUUUGGUGCUAACAUAGAUAAACAAUUUUUGGGACAUGGUAUAUCAAAUUUUCGAAUUCAUGGCCAAGUCUAUCAUCUAAUCAGAUCAUUAUUACCAAAUAAAGACAUUCGUCGUUAUAACGCUCCAACAGCUCCUGAUGUAGCUGCAAUAAUGGUGGUGAUGGAUAUUUUAUAUCGAGCUCAUGUGCAAUUACAAGAUCUCGAUGACGCAAAUGAUAUCUCUGCUGUAAUUGAAUAUGAAGCUCUUACUCAAUUAGAAAAUAUACUUUUACUAAGUGGAAUUCUCUAA